GUCAAAGGUUCACCGGGAAGGAACGUCACGAAUUACGGCUAGUAUGCGCUGGUGUGAUGUAGUCCUUUCGUGGGAUGUGUAGUAUACACAUCGCGUUUUGGGAUGGAUAAAUACUAAACAGUUAACCGACUAACGCCCUUAUAUAAUACUUUAUGCACUUAGACUGAGAUAAUUCUGAGACUAGCUAGCCAUCAAAUCAUGGACGCCCUGGAGAUGCUUAUCGAUGAAGUUGCAUUAGAAGGUCUGGAUGGAAUAACAAUUUCUUCAUUGUGGAUCCGCUUAAUGAACAGAAUCCCCAAGUUUCCCCUCAGUCUAGAUCCUGCCACUAAGGAGUUUGUUUGGAGAGCGUUGGUUUGUGAUGAGGACAUUGAAUUUUACGAGCUACCUCAAAAAAGGCCACAGAUCGUGUUAUUUGACAGAUUUGCAGAAAUUGAUCCAGAAACAGGGAUCCAGGAGAUCCGGAGGUUCACAGGGACUGCAGACGCGCGGGAAGAUGUGUACCCGGUCAACGUGAUCCAAGAAGACAAGCAAGGCAUCCAAGGGUCGUGUCUGUAUUUUAAUGAAAGAAAAAACAUUACAGAUCUCAUCAGGACACAGAAUUUUAAGCCAUGUUGUACGCUUGAGGACGCGGUUAAAAGGUGGGGAGAGAAGCUGGUCGCCGUGGCUACUCAGACGGUGCGCUUCCGGACGCUGAUCGGCCCAGUAGGCGACCCGGAGGUGAAGCUGCCUGACCACUCGUACUGCAUCCUGGAACGCCUGGGCAGGGCCCGUUGGCAGGGCGAGCUGCAGAGAGACCUGCACAGCCGAGCCUUCAAGACCGACGCUGGAAAGAUGCACUACAUGAGGAAGUCUCUGGACAAGAAUGGUCUGAUCACACUCCAGUCCCAUGUGACCCGGCUGCCCAAUGGGGGACAGCAGCACUCCAUUUUGCUGCUGCUGAAGAGGUUCCACGUGGACCGGAGAAGCAAGUAUGACAUCCUGAUGGAGAAAACCUCCAACCUCCUGUCAGCUUGUCCGAACAACAUUGGCAUCAUGAUCAACCUAAGGGAGCAACUGUGUGUGAGCGAACGCACCUUUAAGCGCGUGUACCAGUACAUGAUGGCCGCCAAGCUGGCCCAGAGCGUGUGCGUUCCGCUGCAGACCCUGAACCCCGAUUCCACACAGUGCAAGACCAAGAAAGGGACGGACAUCAUGGUGCGCUGCCUGAAACUGCUUAAGAGCUACGGGAAGAAGGAUGAGGAAGAUGACGAGGAGAACGAUGAAGAGGACGGUGGCAGGAAAUUGCAGUCAGAGAGUCGCAUUUUCGAGCGUGACAUUCUGACACAGGCCUAUGAAAUAAUCAUAUCCAGCGGGACGAAGGGAAUCUCGCAGACCGCUCUCAGGGGACACAUGAAUGUUGGGAAGCUAGAGGCACGUAUGAUGUGUCGUCUUCUGGAGCGGAACGGCAUGAUCAAGGGCUUCAUGGAAGAUGAGGGGCGGCAGAGGAUCACCAAAUACAUCAGCAAGAUAUAUGUGGAGCAAAGCGACCUGAACCAACAAUUCGCCAAGGAAAAGGCUCGCAGCGAGCAACUGCGGACGGGCAAGGGGGAGGUGCUGGGUCAGCAGAGCCAGGUCUCACCGACCACCUGCCCCGACGCCCAGCCUCAGCCGACUGGCGGGGGCGAACGGCGGACGCCCAACUCCGCAAAAGAUAGGCCCUCAAAGAAAGAUCCCCGCCGGAGUGAAGCACGGAAGCAGAUCAAGCUGGAUUGCAGGGUCCAGCACUCGGCACCCAUCAAGAAAACUCCCUCAGUGGAUGCGACCCAGGAGGUGACGGAGGAGAUGGACACGACCGGGGGAGAAGACUGGAGCGGGAUGGCGGAGGAGGUUGAUAUCAGUCAGGACAUCCCUUACAAGCAAGUAGAGAACACGGACAAGGAGGCCUCCACCACCAUCAUGGAGGAAAAGAUCGGUGCCAAGCAGGCGCCGCCGGUCAAGAGAAAGAUGAGGCCAGCGCGUAUGGAAAAGCCCCAUCAGACUUACAGGCUGCUUAAGCGGAAGAACCUGAUCAUUGAGGCGGUUCGCAGCCUCAAGAUCAUAGAGAGUUUAUUCACGCUGCAGAAGAUGAUUAUGGACGAAGAGAAACAGGACGGGGUGUCCACCAGAUGCUGCAAGAAGUCGAUCAUGAGGCUGCUGAGGAGCCUGUCCAGAGAGGGCAUGCUGAAGCUCUUCCGCACGACCAUCGUUCAGGACGGCAUCAGCAGGAAGGUGGAGUUUGUGGUCCAUCCCUCUAUCAUGCCAGAUGAUCCUCUAGUCAAAAGCGCCAUCGAGCAGAUCCGCUUCCGCCUAUCAAGCUCAUGCUCCUUAAACCGUAAAGUUGCUAACAGCGGCCCAGAAGCUGCAAAGGAGAACGAGACCCAAGAGACAGGGAAAAGCGGAAAGGCCGAGAAGGAGCAGCCGACCGAGUCUCCAAAAAAUCAGAGGAGUAAAACAGAUGAGAAGAUGGGGAUCAAGGAGCAGAAGAAGUUCAAGCCUUUGAUCGUCCCAGGUCUGGGCCGCUCCCUGGGCUUCCAGCCCAAGAUGCCACGCCUUCGGCUGGUGCACCAGUUCCUGUGGUACCUCAUCUAUGGACACCCGUUAAGGAGGAGCCCCGAGGAGAGCCACAGCAUGGAGGUAGAAGGGGUGGAGCCUGGGGCCAGUGCAGACACCAAUGGGAAGGCGGCACUCGACAGGGCACCGAAGCAGGAGGUUUUACUGGACAUGGCCCCUGUGGGCGGCAUGGGGGCAAACAAGGCCCCUGCAAGUGCCACGGGGGCCGACGGGGUCCCUGUGGGCGGUGCAGAGACUGACGGGGCCCUUGUGGGCAUUGCAGAGGCUGAUGAUGUGGCCCCUGCAGGUGGCACAGGGGAUGAUGUGGCCCCUGUAGAUGGCACGGGGGCAGAAGUUGAUGAAGAGCAAGUGGGAACAGAGAUGGUGGCUUACAUGGAUGAGAUGUCCUGGCGGAGGUUCAUCCCCCCCAUGCCCCUGCACCGAGGCUACAGCUGCGGAUGGGCACUCACCAGCGAUAUUCUGCUCUCCCUACCCCUCUCCAUCUUCAUUCAGAUCAUCCAAGUGAGCUACAAGGUGGACGAUCUUGAGCUGUACCUGAAUGACCCCGUGAAGCACCACUACCUCAUCCGUGUCCUGCCUGGCAGGAUGAAGAAGCAGCUUCUCUAUAAGAGGAAGUACAUCUUUAGCUUCUGCGAGAGCUUGCAGCGUCUGUGCUACAUGGGCUUACUGCAAUUUGGCCCUAUUGAGAAAUUCCAGGAGAAGGAUCAGGUCUUCAUCUUCCUGAAGAAGAAUGCCACGAUCACAGACACCACCACCUGUGACCCGCAUUACAACCUGGCCCUGUCGUCCUUGCCCUUCGAGGCCCGGCAGUAUACCUUCAGCACCUUUCAGGAUGUGGAGAACUACUGGUUCGACAUGCAGUGUGUGUGUCUGAACACGCCCCUGGGUGUUGUAAAAUGUCCCCGUAUGAAACCCAGCCAGGGGGACGAGGAGGCGGAGCCCCCGAGCUCCAUGGAGCCGGAGCGGCCAGAGCAGAGAUACGCCAGACUGGCAUACCUACUCAGGGGCAGCCAGGAGGUCAUCGAUGACGGCGUGACGCCUGGCGACAAGCAGGGCGCCGCGGGCCUGGACUCCUGCUUCUUUGGCCACCUGAAACGCAACUGGAUCUGGACCAGCUACCUUCUCAGCAAGUCCAAAAAGGUGGGCAGCGUUGUGGAAGGCAGCCCUACUGUCAGACUUAAGAACCUCCUCACUAAACACCCUUUACCCCUGUUCAUGAGUGGUGUAGGUGGUAAAGGCAGUGGCUUCAGGGAGUCCCCGAUGGUACUAGAUGAGAACGUGCAGAUGGCCAAGGAGACCAGUGAGCGAAACAGCCGCGUUGUCGGUGGGAAGAAACAGAGGCGGAAGAGGCUCCGAACAGUCAAGGCACCCAGGAAAAAGAGGAGAGUGGCGAAACCGGAAAAGAAGCGGAUGCGGCCCCCUUUUCAUGACGAGGCCGACCGGAGCGCCCUCCUGAGGAUGACCCGGCAGCGCGUGACCUGGUCCCCACAGGAGGACAGCCUGCUCAUGCUGUGCCGAGUGGCGAGCCACUUCCUCAACCGCAAGAUCAGGAAGCCCUUCGUCCCCUGGCAAGUGGUGCGAGACCUGCUGCAUGCACAGUUCGAGGAGUCGCUGGACAAGACCUCGCUGGCGGUGGGCCGGCGCUCACGUUACAUCAUGAAGAACUCCCAGACCGACCUCAACUUCAAAAUAUGUCUGGCGGAGGUGUACCAGGAUAAAGACCUUAUUCACAAAUUUCAGAGCCGGGAGAACAAUUACAGCAACCCUGAGGUCUGUGCGUCAGAGUUCAAAGAGUUUGUCGCCGUCCUCAGGCAGAAAUUCAGUUCACCUUCAGUGUUCCACAACUUCACCAUCCCCGACACCAAGGCCGAGCUCUUUAGGAGGUUCAAAGUGUACGUGAUUGGAGAAGACCUGAAGGAGGACAGGAAGGACUCCCUGAUGAGCCUUGAGGACAUCCACUCCCUGGUUCUCAACAACCUGAUCCAGAGCACACUGGUGCUGUCCAACUCGCAGAUGAAGACCAGUCUCUCCUUUCAGACGUUCCGCAUCUACAGGAGGUACAGGGACGACAUCCUCUACAAAGCCUUCCUGAGGUGUCAGAAGCGGGGGCUCGUCAACCGCCGUCGCAUCAACCAGCUCACCGGGCCCAAGAAGAGUCGCGCCCUUCCAUUCCUGCCCAUGUCCUACCAGCUCUCUCAGACCUACUACAGGUGCUUCUCCUGGCGUUUCCCCAACACCAUUUGCAUGGAAGCCCGUCAGUUCCUGGAGACCCUUGAGAGCGUGGGCAGGGAGGACCUCCUCACCACCAUCCGUUUCCAGGACCAAGAGGGCGGCGACCCACAGCCGGACCCCAGCAUGGUGCUCUUCUCCCUGGACUCGCCUGGGGGCUCCUGUGUGGCCUGCCUGAGUCUGAUGAUGCUGGGCUGGCUGACGGUGGAGGUGUCCAUCCCAGAGCACAUCGUGGUGGUAGACAGCACCAUGGUGGAUAACGAGGUGGUGAAAAGCAUCGCGAAGGAGGUGGCCGAGGACGACCCCGACGACGACGAGGUCGAGGAAGGCGAGGGCAGGAAGAAGAUCGAGGUGAAAGCGAGACAGGCCUCGCACACCAACUACCUGCUGAUGCGCGGUUACUGCGUGCCAGGAAUCGUCAGCCUGCGCAACCUCAACACCAACGACAACAUCGUGGUGAACUCCUGCACCAUGCGGGUGAAGCUGCGCCGCACCCCCUCGCACCGGCACUUCCCCAACCGUUGUGGUGACUUGCUGUACGAGGAGACCCAGGCGGAGGCUUGCCUGCCCAGGAACUUCACCCAUCUCCUACGGGCCUGCCAGGACUCCAGCCGACUGGAACGCUUCACUGAUCGGUGCAUCCACCAGUGCGGCUACAGCAGCGAGGACCUGCAGGCAAUCCUGGACGUGAGCAGCACCAUUGAGGCAGCUCAGGGCUUCGGCUGCGAGAGGGUGGAGCUCGCCUGCAUGUUCCCCGACCUGGCUGAGGUGCAGGGAGAAAGGACCCGGACCUUCUUGCAGUACCUGGAGGACCUGAUCGAUCUGGAGGAGGUGGUCGAGGUCGGAGGGAACUCCGUGCGGCUGGUGGCUGUGAAAUACGCCGACCCCUGGCUAGUCCACAUCGCUGAGGGACUGGCACCUACAGGCAAGGAAGUCCCAUCUCUGCAGGACACCCGCAAGAGGCAGGCCCCGGACCCACCGCAGGACGAGCUCAGCGUGAAGAAGCCGGUCCUAGAAAGGGAAGCCUGCAAAGUGGCGGGAAUACUGGACUCGGAUGGAGCGCCUACAGACGGAGUCGGCCUUACUGGAGCCGGGAGAUGCGAGGAGCCCCUGCCCUCUGCCCCGGAGGACACCGGCGACUCCAUCCAGAUGGUGGAGGAGUGCAAAGGAACAGACCAAAUUCAGGAGGAAAAGGGGGCAGCCGCAUCUGAUGUCGAUUCUCUACCUACAGGAGAUCCACCUUCUGCAGACAUCAGCUGCUUUACAGUGGAUGGAGAUGACAGCGUGGGUUCGAGCGCGCAGGAUAGGGUGAGCUUCCUCAGCCGGCCGUGGCGUAUCGUUGACGGGAGCCUCAACAAGUCCGUGUGCAAGGGCAUGCUGGAGGCCCUGCUCUUCCACAUCAUGAGCAAGCCUGGCAUCACCGAGCCCAGCCUGGUGGAGCACUACCAGGGCGUGCUGCAGCCUGUGGUGGUCUUGGAGCUUCUCCAGGCUCUAGAGGUCCUUGGCUGUGUGUGGAAGAGGUACAUCGCCAGGCAGGGCAAGGCGUCGCUCUUCUCGCCGGCCCGGGUGCCGGAGGUGAAGGAGUCCGUGAGGCUGCGGGAAAACGGCACCCCAUUCUACGAGCCCACCGUGGACUGCUGCCUCCGGCUGGGGAGCCUCUUCCCCAAAGAAGACAACUGGAACCGAUGGGUCCAGUUCACGCACAGCUGAGACAUCGGAGACAUUUCUGGGCUGAGGAGGGCACCCCGCCUGUCCUUAUUCUCCAGUUUUUUUAUUUUUAAGUUCAGCUCUGUUCUUUGAAAGCUAAUAAAUGAUAUUUAUAAUUUCAGUCCCUAUUCUGGUCAUUCACGUGGAUGUUGUAUCAACAGGUAAGGUAUACUUUAGUAAGUGUUGCAAAUGAAGACCCCAGAAUUUAUUUACCAUAGUUUAUUUUCGUAAUAAACAUUUUUGUACAUGUAUUGCACAUUUAUAAAUUCAAUAAAUACCACUGUCCCCAUAAAA